AUGGGAACCAAAUUCUGUUGGACUGCUAUGGAUACUUCAUUCCAUAGAGGUCUGCAACCGAAAGACGCGGAGCUGAUGCAGAAGCCGUGCGCAGAGCUGCUCACAGACUUUCACCCCGCGGCAAGAAAAACGAAAAAAGGAGUGGCAAAAACUCAAGUGGCGAAUGGUUUGAUGGAUUUGUCAAGCGCAGUUUUGUUGUGCCUUUGUCGAAAGGCGCGACGAGAAAACACUGGACAAUUGAAGGUCAAUCGGAAAAUUGGUGAAAGAUAUGUCCCUGUGAAGUUCCAUUUGCAAAUGCAAGCUAUGAUGUAG